GCCAUGAGCAGCGCCGUGCUCCUCGCCCACCUCCCGGACCCCAGCAGCAGCUUCAGGGAAGACGCCCCCCGACCCCCUGUCCCGGGGGAGGAAGGAGAAGCACCAUGCCCGCAACUCGCCAGCUCGUUCCUCGCCAAAAGCCAAAGCUUCAAGGCCAUGCCGGUGCCUCCUGCCCCGCGGAGGAACGAGAACGGGCUCGGGGAGCCCGAGGGCAGCGCGUCCCCGGACUCCCCCCUGGCCAGAUGGACCAAAUCCUUGCAUUCCCUCUUGGGAGAUCAAGAUGGUGCCUAUCUUUUUCGGACCUUUCUGGAAAGGGAAAAAUGUGUGGAUACCUUAGACUUUUGGUUUGCCUGCAAUGGCUUCAGGCAGAUGGACCUUAAGGAUACCAAAACUUUGCGAGUAGCCAAAGCUAUUUACAAAAGGUACAUCGAGAACAACAGCAUCGUCUCCAAGCAGCUCAAGCCUGCUACCAAGACCUACAUAAGGGACAGCAUCAAGAAGCAGCAGAUAGAUUCCAUCAUGUUUGAUCAGGCACAGACUGAGAUUCAGACUGUGAUGGAGGAAAAUGCUUACCAGAUGUUUUUAACUUCUGAUAUAUACCUCGAAUAUGUACGGAGUGGAGGAGAGAAUCCUGCUUACAUCAACAGCAAUGGACUGGGGAGCUUAAAAGUUGUCUGUGGCUAUCUCCCGACCUUGAAUGAAGAAGAGGAAUGGAGCUGUGCAGACUUCAAAAACAAAAUCUUGCCUUCGGUAGUUGGACUAUCCAGCAAGACGUUGAGGGUUACAGCGAAUGUCAGAGCCACGGAAACGAUCGAGAACGGAUACAGGUCCUUCAAGAGGAACGACCCUGUUAACCCCUACCACGUGAACUCGGGCUAUGUCUUCGCGCCGGCCACCAGCGCCAACGACAGCGAAAUCUCCAGCGAUGCCCUGACGGACGACUCCAUGUCAAUGACGGACAGCAGCGUAGAUGGGAUCCCCCCGUACAGGAUUGGGAGCAAGAAGCAGCUCCAGCGGGAGAUGCACCGCAGCGUCAAGGCCAACGGUCAAGUUUCUCUACCUCAUUUUCCGAGGACCCACCGGCUUCCCAAGGAGAUGACCCCGGUGGAGCCAGCCGCCUUCGCCGCCGAGCUCAUUUCCCGGCUGGAGAAGCUGAAGCAGGAGCAGGAAACCAUGGACUGUCUGGAGGAGAGGCUGCAGCAGAUCAAGGAGGACGAGGAGAAGGAGGGCGCCGAGCUCCCUGCCAGCCUGCAGAGCGGCCGGGACGUCGCCAACCCGCAGCACCCGCUGUCGCUCCUGCCCUCGGGCAGCUACGAGGAGGACCCCCAGGCCAUCCUGGACGAGCACCUGUCCCGCGUGCUGAAGACCCCCGGGUGCCAAUCGCCCGGCGUGGGCCGGCACAGCCCCCGCGCCCGCUCGCCCGACCGGCUGCCCGCGGGCAAGCUGCCGCCGGGCACGGCCUCGCUGGCCGCCUGCGCCCUGCUGGGCAAGGGCUUCAUCGCCACCAAGCAGACCACCAAGCACGUCCACCACCACUACAUCCACCACCACACCGUGCCCAAGAGCAAGGAGCAGAUCGAGGCCGAGGCGGCGCAGCGGGUGCAGUGCUGCUGCCCGGCGGGCGGCGACUACUACUGCUACCCCAAGUGCAAGGGCCACCCCAAAAACACUGACCCCCCUCUCUCCCCGCUGGAGCCCUUCGGCAGGACGGGCACGCUGCUGAAGAGGCCGGGCCGAGGAGGAGGGGACAGCGUGGCCCCUGGGGACGGGGGGCUGCCCGGCCCUGCUGGGGUGCAGCUCCCGGGGGGCGAAGCGGAUCGGGCACAGAACGUCUGGCAGUGGAUGCUGGAGAGCGAGAGACAAAAUAAGCACAAGACCCAUAGCACACAAAGCACAAAGAAGGCCUACAGCUCCGACUGCGCCAAGGGGGCCCCCGGCCGCCACCACCCCUGGGGGACGGGCAGCCACCCCCGCGGGGCACAGCCCGCCCACCCCUUCGUGCAGGACCCCGCCAUGCCCCCGCUGACGCCCCCCAACACCCUGGCCCAGCUGGAGGAAGCGUGCCGCCGCCUGGCCGAGGUCUCCAAGCCGCAGAAGCCACGAUGUUCAACCUCAAAUCAGCAGAGGGACCGAAACCACUCCGCUGCCAUUCAGGGGGGCAGCUCCCCUUUCUGCAAUGCAAGUCUAACGACAGAAGAUCACAAAGAGCCAAAGAAACUGCCAGUUGUUCACACCUCUCAGUCUGGUGAGCUGGUUGUCACCUAUUUUUUUUGCGGAGAAGAAAUUCCCUACAGGAGGAUGUUAAAGGCCCAGAGCCUGACACUUGGGCACUUUAAAGAACAGCUGAGCAAAAAGGGAAAUUACAGAUACUACUUCAAAAAGGCCAGUGACGAGUUUGACUGCGGGGCGGUGUUCGAGGAGGUUUGGGAAGACGAAACCAUCCUGCCCAUGUACGAAGGGAGGAUCCUCGGGAAGGUGGAAAGGAUUGAUUGAUGGCAUCUCUGCUCCUCAACCUAGGAAAAUCUUUGGACACACAACAGUAGUGAUGACAAGGCAAGAGGAAGAAAAAAAAAAAAUAAAACCACUCUGAAGGAAAAGUUUUGAACCAAUGAAGAAGAAAAAAAAAAAGUGAAGUCUGUGAAGACUUUGCUGAAUUAGCCUUAGAGGAAAAGAAUGGCAUUUAUUAUUCAUGAGUUGGGUACUGAGAUGAUAAAAACCCUGGACUAUUUAUUAGAAACAUGACCACUGUUGGCUAUUGGAGAUGCAGACCGUGUGUGAGAGACUUCCAUACAUAAUAUAUGAUUUCCUGGGGAUCUGAAAUCUAUGGACUAAGAGAAACUGUGUAUAGCUUACCUUAACAGUAAUCCUUAUUGAUAUUUAUUGAACAGUCUGUUUUCCCCUAAGUCCAGUUUUUGGAUAUGCUGCUUUAACAAUGGAGAAGAGAGGGGCUGGGAGGUGGGGUGAGGGGAGGAAGGAGUAUUUUAUUUUUUUACGUUUUUCCCACUAUCUAAAAUUUACGAAUUUGGAGCACAUUCGUGAUGGUUUUUUGGUUUUUUAUUUGAAAGGGGAGAAGGGAAGGAGUGAGGUCGUGCCCAGUAUUUCUCCAAGUGAAGAUAAAACUUUCCUAAAGAAAUAAUAUUAAUAAUAAUAGUAAUAAUAAUAAUAAAAGCCAAAAUAAAAAUCCAUUCACCUAGA